AGCUGCACGCGGAGAGAUUCGAGCUGUUUUUUGCGGUUUUUUGCCAAUCGGAUCCGAAUUCACUUUGCUGCCAUGGCGCAGCCAACAUUGCUUUGCCGAUCCGAGCUGGGCUCCAAUGCGAAGGGAGCCCUGGAGCGCGAGGGGAGCCUCGAUGGCCCCCUUUCGUGUGACAUGUGGGGCGCUGCAUCCACACACGCGCCUUGUGACAGCCCAUCGUUGGAAUCGCAGAGUUCCAGCUGUGGUACUCCGUUCCCUGGCCUGCCGUUGCUGAGGACCAAGAACACGUUUCUGGAAGUGGACGAAGAAUCCACACCGAAGGGCCAGCGCACCGGCACCUGGCAGCAUCCAGCACGGCAGUUUGGCAGCCAGGACUCCACAACCCUUGGGUCCACGAUGGACAGCCAGUGCGACACCCCUCGCCAGAAGCGGCCCAUGACGGAGGAGCAGUGGCCCGAGUACGGCAGACCGCAGCCGCAGCCCAUGCAGUCCAUCAACCUUUGCCAGGCAGUGUUGCAUCCGAGCAUGCCAUCUGUGCCCGAGUGCCCCCCGGGCUGCGUGCCCAUCUCCUCUGUCAUGGCCGCCGCCGCGGCGGCGGCGCAGGUGCCGCUGACCCCCUGGGCGUGUGUGAAUCCCAUGGCGCAGGCGAUGCAGCAUCAGGUCGCCUUCAAUGCUGCCAUGACUGCGGCCUUGUGCUUUCCGCAAGCCUACAUGCCGAUGGCUGCUAUGCCGGCCAUGGAGGUGCCGCAGUUGCCGCAGACGCAGAUGUUGCAGAUGCCGGCGCCGGGCGCGACGGUGCCCGAGGCGCCUGCGCCUGCUCCGGCCGCGGCCGUGGGGCAGGAAGGUGCGGUGGAGGAAUCCCGUCGCCGUGCUCAUGGUCCCCGCCGGCAGCGUUUGUGGCUGCACAUCUACCUGCACAUGUUCGCGCCGAACUUCGACCAAGUGCCCAAGCUCAUCGGUAAGCAAGGAAAGAACACCCGGAAGAUCGCCGCCGCCACGGGGGCGAAGGUCCGCAUCCGCGGCCAGGGCAGCGGACACAUGGAGCUUGAGGGCCAGUACGAAGCACCCACGCCGCUCAUGGUGGCUGUCACAACCGACCACGGUGAUCCGGUGAUGUUCCGCCAGGCCAUUGAGAUGACCCUGGAGGAGCUGCAACAGCUGCAAGGUCGCUUUCACAACCACUGCAGCGAGAGGGGCAUCACCCACACCGGACCCUGCUUCUCGAUCGGCGUUGUGCAGAAGAACGCCCAGGAGGCGCUGGGCGAUCUGCUGAACAGCUUCCCGCAGGCUCCAGGGGCCAAGUGAAUGGCCGCCGCAUGAAUGUGCUGCAGCUCGCGAUGCAGAUGCUUGUUCGGUUGGAUGCAAGCAAACCGAUGCUUGAAGCACGCCAAUGGGAGGAUCGGAGAACUGUCAUUUGACACAUUUAGCGGCGUCCCCAUUUGUCCAGUAAGACCAUCUACUCAAAUACCAAC